AUGACGGUGAAGAGGGGACCUCAGGCCAUGCCGCUGCUCUUGGGCGCGGCCCUCCAGCGGCGUGCCCCGUGCGCGUCCGACUGGCUGAUAGGAGUUGCCGAAGGUAAGAGUCAGGGGGUGGCCGACGGAGGAGGCAAUACCGGUAAAGGAUUCCAGUACGGAGGUUACAAGUACAACUACAACAGCAACUGCAAAGAGGAUGCGGAAGCCAGAAAAGUUACCGGGGAAAUGCAGCAGGAGGCAGAGGCGGCAAUGGAGGUUACCAAGGAUGGUAUACAGGAGGAGGUCAUCGUAGGUGACGGCCAGGUGGCCGCCCGCGUCCGCUGCUUUCUCGCAGCCCUCGCCGCGUUGGUGGAGUGCCGCGCGCCCGCGUGGCUCCAGAGGCUGCGGCGCAACGCCGCUCCCUAUGCAUCCAUGCAGCCGAGCCCGGGGCGCAGCUGGAGGGCGCCGACGCACGGGCGUUCCGCGCGGCCCAGCGCGGGCCGCACCUCGGUGCCGUUCCGGAGGGCCCCCCCCGCGCUUGCGCGGAAUGGGUCCAGCCCCAUCGCGGAGAGCCAGGCCCAGGCUUCCGGGCAAGGCAUGGUUGCGGGCUGGAGCUUGGCGGAGCGCCAGGGCGGGCCUGCGGGCGCGGGGUGGGCUCCGGGCCUCUGGCAGGACCCACAGCAGCCCGGUCUGCUUCUCGAGGCGUUCGGCGUGGAGUUGCAGCCGCGCCUGCGCGUCCUCGUCGGCGAGCGCGGGGCGUCCAAGGCCACCUGCAUGGAGGAUCUCGGCGUCGAGGUGGCGGCCGAGUCGCCGACGGAGUGCGUCGCGGCCCUGGGCGGGGAGUUGGAGGUGGUCGAGGCUGUCGAGGCUGAUGUGGGGCUGAUCUGCUCGGCCCAAUCAGCGGCGGAGGUCGAUGGCGAGGACUUCCGAGAGCGGGGCCCUGAUGUCGGGGCCGGCACGGCGUCGGAGUUCAACGUCGAGGACUUCCUGGCCGAGAUGUUCGCGGUCUCGGGGGGCGAGGGCGGCGUGCGCAUGGGCGGCGUGGCCCGCGUGCACGAGCGCGUCGGCGUCGACAUCGAGCCCGCCAGCGGCUACAUGGCCUCGCCCCGUUUCUCCGAGGGCUUCCACGUGGAGGGCGAGUUCCCCUUUCGCGUGGGCGCCGCCCGCGCUGCCCGCGGAACGCAGGCGGGCCCGCGCUCUGUCCUGUGCCUGUCCGGACUGCUUCGGGGCCCUUCCCUCGUCGCCACGGCGCCCGCGCGGCGCGUUCGAGACGGCUCGGGGCCCUUGACAUCUGGGGCCCUGGCGGUCGUCGGCAUGCUGAGGGCCGCCAGGGCCUCUCUGGUGCUGCCCCAUCCAUCCUCCAGCGAGAUCCAGCUCGAGAAACCGCGCAAGACCCUCCAGGAGCACGUGCCCGAGCGCCCUUUUGUGGACAAGGACCCGAAUGCGAUCGCAGUCAAAUUGAGGCAGCUGGUCACGCAAUCUAUGUCGGCUCCGGGCGCGCAGCCCGAGGUCUCGUGGAACGCGGUGGCAGCGCAAGCCAUCAACCAGACCAAGGAGGCGCCCCAGGCCCUGGCGGACCGCGCCGUGGAGCCAGAGUGGGCUUGCCGUGAACCUUUGACACGCUCUGUCUUCGUCGUCUGUGACUUCAACUUUGGCGACUACGACGAUAUCGGUUUCUUCGUGCAGGACGGCCAGAACCCGAUGCUGGAUGGCCCGCGGCCACCCAGCGCGGAGCAUAUUGUCACUGGUGCGUUCCGGCGGCUCGCCCUGCGCAACACCCUGGCCAUAGGCAAUGGCCGGAGGCGCUGCGAGCUGCCGCGGAGCCGAUGCCCGGCAGACGCCGAUAUGCCCGCGGCCAUCCCGCGCGAUGUGGUCGCGCGCCCACGCAUCAAGGAGAUCGUGGAUGGCUACGCUGGGCAGGUGCAGCUGGCGCAUCACGCCCCUCCUGACGAGCGCAAGUACUUCGCGAGGAUCCUGCAGGCAGCCGCCAACGACGUCCAGAGGGAGCUGCUGGUGGCUGAGGGCUGGACCAAUGGCGCCACGGCGCUCAUCUGGCGCCGGCUUGCCCGCGCCUGGUGGAGACAGAACUGGAGGCUCGCGCUGCUGGCGGUCUCCCAGAAUGCCCGGGCGCGCGAGCCGGUGCAGGUCGACGCUUCUUCGAAGUCCGCGGCGACCUUCGAGUUUGCGGAGUUCCAGAGGGGGCCUGAGGAUAUUCGGAGGAUGCAGCUGGUCGCGACCAGUCGCGCAGCAGCGCGCGACUGGUCGCUGCUGCGCGACCGGUCGCGCAGCAGCGCGCGCUCCGUCGCCGCGCGCGACGCUGGGCGCCUGCUGGAGGUCGAUGGCCGCGAGCUCACGGCGACCACCGCCUUCUCGGCGGCCCGCGCCUGGAUCUGGCAAGUUCUGGAGUCUCGGCGCGCUCCCGGGUCAGCGUUGCCGACGCUCGACGUCGUCGACGCUGUCCACGCCGUCGGUGGUGCUCCGCCGGGCGCCCCGGCGGUGGACCGUGCGUCUAGGUGUUGGGUGCCGCUGCUCUUUGGUCUAUUUGGGCUCGCGGCGGUGCGCCCGUGCUUCGUUCGGCCCGUGCUCUAUCGGUGGAGUACCGCUGUCCGGCUGAUCCUGUUGGUGCCGUGUGCUGCUGGAAUGUUUGGCAACGAUCUGGACGUCAGCGAUAUCCAUUUGCUGGCCUCGCCGGGCAAUACAGCCGAGCUGCGCGAGGCCUUCAGGAAGCUUGUGGAUCUCGGAGUUGUCGUGAUCGCAAGCUCUGGUGUGGUUUUCGUAAUCGUAGCGCUUGGCAUCGUUGUCGCCUCGGAGCUGCACGGGAGUAUGCUUGGGAUGGACGUCAAGCAGAGUGCAAUAUGUUGUUGCGGCAUGGCGGAGAAGACCAGCAAGGCUUACAUGGAGCUAGACGAGGCGGCCAAGUCGCUCAGUGUCGCCAGCCGCGCCGUGACGCACGACUCGGGGCCCGCCGUCAUGGCGAUGGAGAAGACGGAGGAGGCGAUGCAGCUCAUCAAACCGCUCACGGACAUGUCCCCGACCGAGAGGCUGGACACGGAGGGCCCGAUCCACGUCGAUAUGACCGAAUCCGUCCAGAGCGCCACCAGGCGCGAGGGCCGCCCCACCAGCAGCCAGUCGACCGCGGAACUGCUGCCCGCCGCGCUCACGGCCCCGCAGGUCGCGCGGCGGCGAGCGGCGUCGCCAGUUACAGGGCGCCGGCGAGAAAGGGAGACGUUCCGCAUCAGCUUCGUCUGA